GAUGCCGCUUGAAUCCCUGAGCGGGAGAGAAAGAAGCUGGCUUCGGCAGCCGUUUGAGUCUCGCGCCUGCCGGCCGGUGGCCGUUUACACUAUGCGAGAGACUCGCCUCAGCGGCCGCCUGUCCGCAACUAAAACGCAAAAAGAGGCAGCCAUGGCUACUCGGGGGAGCUCGCGCGAGGAGAAGCCGGAGACCCCACGGCGCCUGAGGCGGUCUCUGCGGUUGGAGAUGAAGGUAAGAUGAAGGUACCGGGCGGGGCAGCACGGACCCUAAUUAUCAGUUAUAACAAUUUUUUUUAUCUCGCCUUUUCAGGAUACGUAUCUUUCUGAGCAGCAUCCAUGCACUUUUAAAAAUGCACGCAUGUGAAACAAUAAACAUUUAGUAAGUCACAGGGAUCUCAAGAGUUGGCCCUGAGGUCUAACAGGAGCAGACUCUGGUGAUUUCUUCUUGCCCUUCUUCAUCUCCUUUACAAACGAGCUGGUUUUUGUUUUAUUUUUACUUCUUAGGUGUAUAUUCUACUAUUAUUGUAUUAUAUCCUUCUCCCCGCCCCCCCAGGAACUCAGGGCUACAAAGACCGUUCUGACGGCAUUACCGUUUUAUCCUCAUAACAGCCCUGUGAGGUAUGUUAGGAUGAGAUACAGCAUUUUGUCCGUAAUCACUCCAGUAAGCUUCAUGGCUGAUAGGGGAUCUGACCCUCCUCUUGGGCUGUAUACGCACCAUAUGUUUAAAACAGUCCCCCCCACCUUGGGUCUCCAGUUGUUUAUAGACUACAGUGCCCAUAAUCCCUGACCACUGGUCCUGCUAGCUAGGGAUGAUGGGAGUAGUAGUCUGAAAACAGUUGGCAAUCCAGGGAAAACAAGUGUUUCCUGUUUGGGAAACACUGAUUUAAAGCAUGGUCGUCCCCACCCCACCCCCCCAAGUUUGGGAAGUGUAGUUUACCCUUAACAGAGCUACUGUGAACAGUUUCCAGAAUUCCUUGUGAUGGCAGAAAUGUGCUUUAAAUGUAUGGUGUGUACACAGCCCUUAGGCUGAUGCUCUUAACUGCUAUAUCACCUAGGCUGCUGAAGGAAAUGGCAUAACUUUGCAGCAGCCUGUUCCUAAUGUGGUUACUUUACUCAUAAAUUAAGCCCUACGUAGGUGUUGCAAGAGUGGGGCCUGCUCCUGUGCUGAGCUUCUGUCAUCACUUGAAAGAAGGGCACUUUUCACAUACGUACAAAUUAUAACUGAAUCAUAAACUGGAGUUUAAAAUGAGGUUGUAAUCUUAAGUCUGCUUUCUUGAACGUUUGCUAAAAUCAAAUGAAGGUAUUAGUGAGUCAUGUGUUUCAUUUAAGUCCUCUUGGUGCUUACAAAUUUAUUAAUUUAUUACAAAUUUAUUAAUAUAAAAUAAAAUCCAUUUUUUUUAAAAAAAAAGCAUACUCUAGUAUAAACCAGCUAUGUAGAAUAGAAAUCUGAACUAUAGAGAACAGCUUGUUCUCUCUCAUCAGUCUCAAAACAGGAUUCAGGUAGCUGUUCAAAAGUUCCAUACUCUCCCUGGGAUUAGUAGGUAGACAGGAAAGGUAGAACCACUUGUCAUCAGCAUUUGGUGGCAGUGCAAACCAUUAUUUCCCCCAGUGGCUUCAUGUAGAUUUUGAAGAGCUUGGUGGUAUGAUGAACUCCUGAAGCACCUCACAAGCCAGAGGACACAAGGUGGAGAACACACCCACCCACCACUGCACUUCCUUCAUCAGCAUUACAUCAGGGUCUUCUAUGUAAAUAAAUGAAAUGUUUGGGGGGGGUUUAAUAUGAGUAUUUUACUUCAUAAAAACAACCUCUAGUCAGUCUGCGCAGUAACUAUCAGACCUUACUUGAACCUAUCAGUCAUGGACAUUUCAUGUUUGUUUAUUUCUGUGGGACUGGGGUUGGACCCAAAGCAGAGAAAAGCAGAAAUGAGCAACACUGAAAAGAAGAGCAGAAGACAGAAUUGUCCGUUGCUCAGGUUCUUGUAUUCCCAUACUUAACCUCAUUGUAAUGGCUGCUGUUCAAAAGAAAGAUUGUAUAUAGGAAUCAUUAAAGACAUUCCCUCAGGAGGUGAAACAGUUUUCAGAAACAUAUGCACUGACAUGGAGGAUCUGGUUUCUAAACGUGAAACAACAAUAAUACUCGGUUAUAAAUUAACAGAUUUAAUGUUCAUAUUUGUACUAUUGUUUAGGAAAUAUCUGAAGAAGUAAUCAAUGGAAAACUUGAUUUAGAUCAAUGGCUUAUAUUGGCCUUUUUCUUGCUGGUUUAAAGCACUUUGAUUUAAAUCCAUUCAAUCUAAGACAUGCCCUUAGAAUUCUGUUGUAACAUAGAAGUGUGCUACCUGGCUUCAGGAGUGACUUUUUAUCUCCCCAGGAGAGACCCUUCCGAUCCAUGGCCUAUCAAAGAUCUGGUGCCUCUAUUUAUACGGAUCCAGUAACACCUCGAACUCUAUUCAGGAAGGUUCUGGAGACCCGUAAGUAGGGGAUAGAAGAAUGUCUCUGGUGCUGUUGAGUAGAGGGAAGGGGCAGUCAUAGGAAAUAGCAUUAUACCAAUAGACAAUUGGUCCUAUUAGUUCAAUACAAUUACUGAUUGGCAACAGCUCCUCAGGGAUGAAGAAGAAUUCUGGUCCUUCCUGGAAAUGUUGGGGAUUGAACCUAGGACCUUCUGUAUAAAACCUUCUACCACUGAUUUCGGCAGUAUGGUUUUUUUGGUAAAGCUGCUACAGUAUGUCCCAAAACUAGAAGACAAUUGUUACUCCUCCAAACAACAGGGACAAAGUGUCAUUUAUAUAAGUGUCAAAGCAAGUGAGGAGUAACCCACUUCAGUACAGUAUACCAUUCAUCCUCUGAGAAUAAAUCUUCACAUUAAGUUCAGUCUCCUGAUGCAUUUCUGAAACUAAUAUAGUCUAAUAAAUUGAACAUAUCUGUCUGCCACUUUAAAUAUUCAUUUUAAAAGUUUGUUUUGCACAAUGCUAUUUUGAGCAUGGUGUAAAGGACAAAGUCUUUUUUAUGGUCACAGUUCAGUUAAAUCUCUCUUGUCUAUGGCAGUGUUACAGUCAUUCUCUGCUUUAAAAGUGCAGUUAGACAUAUUUUCCCCACUCAUCUUCUUGCUGCAAUUUUAAUUUGCUUGGAGUUCCAUUAGAAAUACAAUUUGUCCAUGUAUUCUUUUAACAGAGCCAAUAGUCUCCCCUCUUGUUCCUGAAAAACCUGAUUCCCCCAAACCAGUGGAGACAGUAGUCCAAGCUCCUUUGGAGAGUGUACCCUGCAGGUAACUAAACAUGAUUAAGGCUGCAAUCCUAAGCAUAUUUCUUUGUAAAAUUCUUUUGAAAACCUGUAAAUUUUGGCCAGGUUGUUUUCUUGUGUUCUUGCAGUACAUUAUAUUGUGCUCACUGACAUUACGUAAUGGAACCAAAAUGUAGACGUUUGAGGAAUGACUAUUCAGUUUGUAAGGGAUGAUGUGAUGGAUGCCGAAACGUUGAAUAGCUGUUGAAUGGUUGCUUUAGGCAAGUGGGGGCUGGAAGUUAACUUGCUUUGCUACUGGAAGAGGACCAAAUUGAAUCAACCAGCCAUUUAUAAUAACAGAAGUUUUAAGGCAGGGAUGAGGAGCCUGUGGCCCUUCAGAAGUUGUGUUGGACCUAAGUUCCCACCAGCCCCCACCAGUGUGGUCAGGAAUGAUGGCAGCUGUAUUUCAAGAGUUGUUGUCUAACUGCAUCUGGAGGGACACAGCCUGUCAAACUCUACUUAAGGAGGUAAUGGGGGGAAAAUAUUUUCAGAAGCUUAAUAACAACCCCACUGCUUAUGUGGCAGCUCUUCUAUUUUGAGACACUUUCACAGAAGUAGGGCAGCAAAAGUGCUGAGUGGCUAGAAGAUGAUGCGGGCAAUAGUGGUGACUUGGCAUAAGACAGGUGGUUCUGAGACUGAACUUUCUGCACUUGGCUGGGAGAAGGGGAGAACAGCUCAAUAACAAAAUACUUGCAAAUUUUAUUUUAAGUUUGUGUGGGCUUACAUUCCUUUAUAAUGUGCUAUGAACACUGAUGGUGCUACAUAAAUAAUUUUAAUUAUAGCUAAAAGCAAACAGAUUCUUUCUGUAGUUUUGUCUGCUCUUGUAAAUAGUAGGUGGUCCUUAAUUAGCAAUGAAAUAUAUAAAGCUUUUUUCCAGCAAGACCAUACAGAGCACAGAAGUGUAAUUAGACACAUGGAUAAUGACUAAGAGCAUCUCAGUAUGCUGCUAAUAUAGCUAGUAUCCUGACAUUUCAUAAGAGUGUGAUUUCUCAGAUGUUCUGUGCAUGAAGCAUGUUUGUAUACUUGCUGACAAAUGUCUUACUCCUGAAUAUACAGUUCUACCAGAUUAUGGCUACAGUCCUAUCAACACUUUUCUGGAAAUAAGCCUAAGUGAACUCAGUGGGACUUAUCCCUGUAGGCUUAUAAAGGAUUGCACUGUAAAAUGUCUUUUUUUUUCUCUUUGACUUUCCAAUCUGAGCAGGCAGUAUUCCUGUAGGUAUGGUCCCACUAUGUCACUGACAGUAAGAUUGAGCAGCUGUAUGUUGGUAUUGUGCAAGCUCUGCUCAGGUCACCCAGUUAUAGUGACACUAAACUUUAGGCCCUCAUUUGUUCCUUAACUAUGAAGGCAAAUUCUUUCUUCAGCAAGGCUGGAGAAAUGUUGGCAUAUUUCCUGGAAGUUGACAUUAAACUGUUUUCCUGACUGAAGACUGGCUUUGUCAUCUUUCAGCAACCUAGAAAUCCAUUUGUCUGACUCUGCUCCCAAGGCUACAUCUCGGACUGCACUGCUCAACACCAGGUCAAAAAAGAAGGUCCGUCUUUCUGUGUUUGAGAGAGCUGUGGAUGAGCAACUUGCCUCAAGUGAGUGGGAGCAUUGAAGGUUAGGGUGCACUAGAAAAGCUGAGGAUUUUAUGAAUCUUCUUGUUUGAAGAUCAGAGUAAAGUAAACUGUUAAAUGAGUUGUCUUCUUCUCCAUUGCUUUGGGGAGGUUAUAACUUUAAGAAAACCAAAUAGGAGAAUGUCACCCUUGGGCUGCAAUUCACUGACCAAGCUCAGUAAUUUAGACACCAAUAAAAGUAGGGUUAUACCAAUCUAACACUAAUUUGAAAUGGGGAAUAGAACUACCUGAUAUACAUUUGUGAAAAUUAUGUUACAUUUAAGUCGUAGCUAUGAAGGAAAAUGAGUUCCAAAAGGUUCGUUAUAUUAUUUUUGUUCUGAGAAUAUCCUGGAACAAUCCACCUUACUGUAACCUUGCUUGCCAAAUGAAAUUAUAAACAGCAAUGCACCACCAGGGUGGGGGUAGUAAAUGUGAAAGGCAGAAGUGAUACUGCCUCUCUACAUAAAAAACUCAGCACAUGCUCUUCCUUUGACUAGUCAAGUGCCCAAAUUUUGGGGGGGGGGGCAGCAGCAGCAGUGAUGGCUAAAGAGGAUAAUUAGCCACUAUAUGUGUUGCAGAGGAAGGAACACCAGUUCCUAAAACAACAAGCAUUUUUUCUUAGCUGGAAACAAUAGAAUGAGAUGUUAAUGGUUUGCUGGUGCCUUAAGUCUGAUAUUUCAUGGGUCAAAUUGCGCGUGCGCCCACAAUUUCCGGCAUCUGUGCUGUAGCCUUAUUGGAGUUCACCGAUUGGGUCUGCGUUGCUCUGGUACAGGAGGAAGGAAGUCAAAAUGACACCGAGGUUGGUUCAAAGAAAGAGUUUAUUCUGCUCUCCGGAUAGCAGAAGGCACUUGCGUGAUUAGUCCCCAGCAAGUCCAAAGAAAUGACAGGAUUCAUGCAGUUUAUAUAUCCUCCAGGCACCCUCUCACUCCUCCCCUAGGAGCCCAACCACGUCGGCCUACGUACGCAGGUUGACAUCACAUAUGUUCCUGCUCUGGUACUCUCAACCAUAAAAGGAUCUUCCUUCCUGUACUUCUGACCAUAAAAGCAUCUUCCUCUUCCUACUCUUAUCUGGGAGGCAGAGAUGACCAUUUCUGAGAACACACUCUGGCGUUAUUCCCAGACGUGGGUCUGCGCGUCUUUGUGGUCAGCACAUAAGAUAAGGCACACACGCAUCAUCCCUGCUGUACUGGAACUUGGCAAGGUCACUCAUUGCCGCCAUGGACUGAUAAGGGAGAGAGCUUUGUUUUUGUUAUGGAUUUACUCAACGGCUUGAGUUUAUGCAUUUUAGCUAAGGAAAAAUAGGAAUUUUGGUGCAGUUUAAAACUGCCUGCACAGUCAGUUUUUGGAUUUUGGAAACCCAUUCCUUCAGUGCAGACGCGAUUUCCGGCGUCAUGGAAGCGAGUCCCCACACCACGCUGUGCUGGUUUAGCGCAGUGUGCGGGGACUUGCCUUGGGGGCGGUUCAUGGGCUGGUUAAACAAUCCCUGUGGGCUGCUUGUGGCCCAUGGGCCUUAGGUUGCCUACCCCUGCUCUACUGCAUUUUCUCCUUUUUGGAUUACUUGUUUUAUCAUAUUCUCUUUCUCUCUGUCUGAAGGACGGGGGGAGUAUCUGUUUUCUCCUUUCUAGUUUUCUGAAAUUGCUCUUUGUCCCCUGCUUGUUCUCUGCUUUUUGGCUUAAAAAUGCGCUUGUCAUUCUUGUGCAGGGGCCGUACUAAUCAUGGUAAUGUUCCAAUUUUAGUAUAUCUGUUGCCAAAGUGAAAAUUUCUGCUUUCUGACAUAACCCAUCGCUCUUCCCAGUGACAUGGAAAAGUCACAGCCACCUAUUUGACAGACAAAAAAUGCAUUAGAGUUAUUAAAGCUCUGAGUGCACUAAAGAGAAUAACAUCUGUUGCACGUAGCCUCUUCCACCAUGCACUUCUUUACAAUGAGACUGUGAGUGCUUCAGCAACUCCAGCAUGUCCAUGACCCAGCUAAUGCUAGUUGCUUUUGCAAGUCCUUGACACAACCCUCUGCUGUGCCCGCCUUAAAGGAUUUUACACCCAUGCUCCUAGCAUGAAGCUCCUCAACAGUCCUACCCAGCUAGAGCUAGUUGGUAUUCAGCUUCUUGAUGACAUGGGUGAGAUUGCUUCAAUUCCAGGCAGGACUUCAUCCCCUUCAUUUGUUAGCAUAGAAAAAAUUGUCAUUUGCAUCCAUAUUUCUGGGCGAGUGGCUGUCUUCCACAGAUUUUUCAGUGCCAUUUUUUUAUCCUAAUGGUUACAUGAAGAAUCGUGCCAGAAUGUGGCAUUUCCCUCUCAUUUUCUUCAGUUAGACUUCUCCUUUCCCAGAACCAACCUUGGCACCAAAUGCCUUUUCCCCAGCUUUCUGAAGGAGCAGUUUAUUUGGGGGGGGGGACCUUUGAUUUUUGCUAGUCUGUAAGGCAUGGGUUGUUUUCCUUCCUCAAAAAGACCUGUUGAAUCGCUGUAUAUUUGCUUGGCCAUAAACGGAAAUGGAGGAAGCACUAGCAGGAUAAGGGAAAUAUAAAAAGGUGGUUAUAUGGUUCCUUGCCUCUCUAGGGCAAAAUGAGGGCUUAACCAAUUACAGUCAUACCUCGGUUGUCGAACACUUUGGUACUCUGAUGUUUUGGCUCUCCAACACCGCAAACCCAGAAGUGAGUGUUCCACUUUGUGAAUGUUCUUUGGAACCCAAACAUCUGACAGGGCUUGCACAGCUUCUGAUUGGCUGCAGGGACUUCCUGCAGCCAAUCAGAGGCCAUACUUUGGUUUCCGGACAUUUUGGAAGUUGAAUGGACUUCCGGAACAGAUUCCAUUCAACUUCCAAGGUGGAUGGAUGCCUUGUUCACCUCUCCAGAGAAAAGUAUGUUCAGGGUAACUAUCCAAACUAUACAUAACUCGACUUCCGGGUUGGCGCCUCUGGCAAUGGCGGAUUUCCUCCGAUCGGGAGGAAUCCGCUCCGUGGAAAACAGGGUCUGAACCGCCACGGCGAGGCAGAGACCCAUCAAAAACCACAGGUGGGAGAAGCCUGUGGACGUGGGAUUCGGCUGGCACCUUUGCGCCCCCCCCUACUUGCAGGGAAACCCGGUUUUCGGGGAUCCGGAGCGACGUGGGGUGAGUGGCGCGGUGCUUUGAAUCGACUGCUUCUUUCACGGAGUGAAGCCGCAUUGCUGUUGCCGGAGAGCGCUGACUUUUUCCUGUGGACAAUUGGAUUUUAAACGACUACCCGUGAGUAGAACUGAAAAUUGGAUCUUGAAACACUUUAAUUUGGCGCCGAAGCGGGAAGGCUCUAAACAGGAAGUCCGCCUCCCGUUUUUGUAAAUAGAUUGAAGCAAAGACGUUACAAGCUAAAGUCUUUGAAAGCUUUUGAUAAAGGAUUAAAUUCCCACCGGCCAAAAUUAUAUAACCCCUCUUGGAAGCAGGAGAAGAGGGGGGAAGUUUUGGAUCUAGUGUGCCUGCAGAAGAGAGUGAAAAUCAAAUUGCCACUGCUCUGAACCUGGAAAAGGGCUGCCAGAUGACAUUCGGGGAAUGUUUAUUGACAGAAUGGAUUUGACAGCUAGCUAAAAUAAGAAAGGCACUGUUUCCAUUGUCCUCUUCUGCGUUUAAAAAUGGAGGAAAAAGUAACCGAAAAUUGAAACUAUUGUUAUUUGUUCGAGUCGUGCUUGAAAGAAUUGAUACAAACAGAGACUGUUUCCCUCUAGAGGGAGCAUGUGAAACUGUUACAGGAGUGCAACAGGGAGAUCUCCAGCUGCAAGAUGAAGAUUCUAAAAACUAGAGUCUGACCUUGGACCAUUCAAAAUGUUGAUAGGAGAAGCUAUUGUGACUGUAUUAUACAAGAUAAACUACUCGCUGGAACAGCUCCAUAAAAAGACAGAUGACACGAUCUCUAAAAUUGACAACUUGGAAUGGAACGUGACUAAUUUGAGUCAAAAAGUGGGUCCCAAUACAGAAACAAUUCAGGAGUUGGUACAGGAACAUAUCCUCGUUGGACAAAUGGUGGAGGAAAAGGAGAAAGCUGAUGAUGUGAAACCAAAAGUAGUACAAGCGGGAUCCUUAAUUUCUCAGAAGCAAAUUGAGGAUUAUAAAUUGAGGUCUUUCAUGACUGAAUCUAGCAAAAGUCAAAUUUUGAGGUUAGGAUCCCGGCUUGGACUGAAGAAGGAAAGUUGGAAAGAACCCUUUAUCCAGGGAUUGACUGACUUUUGGGACAUGGACUUGGGUUUGGAGGAGCCUGAAGUUUUGGGGGUCGCUAGAACUGGAGGAAUCCUGAAAUACGCUUUGAAACACUCUAUGGACUUUAUUUUUAACUUUGGAAAUUUGGCUGAACUGUCCAGAAGGAACAAAAGUAUUGCUAGGCUGGAGUUUUCCUGAGAUUGGCUCCUGAGCAUCAAAGAAUAUGAAGAAAAUCUGCAGAAGGAACUUGGAAGAGAUUUAAGAGCCUCGGAUAUAAGAUUACCAGGUUGAUGGACUAUAUGGAACUGACGGAAAGGACUGGCAGAAUCCGAAGCCAGGGAGAGGAGAUAGUGGAAGAUUACUGGAAAAUUUAAAACGUUUAUUUAGAAAUAUUGUUAAAGUAAUGACUGUUAGAAAAAUGGUGGAAUGAUAUUUUAUGGGUUUAGCAGAAAUGCUUUAAGAAGUUGGGUGUAUAUAAGUACUUUACCUUUAAUGGGAAAUAAGGUUAAAGAAUAUGUUAUUUAUAAUAUGACAGAAAAUAGAGAAAGAUGGAAAGGAUUUGCUGAAACAAGUACUAGAAGUGGGACACGAAAAGGGAGGUGUGAGGAAGUCGAGGAAACAAGGGAAUGAAGGACAGAGUAUGGAAAAGGAGGGAUGUUUUUAAAUUGUUUUUGUUUUGCUUUGUUUAUGUGUUUAGUUUAAUGGGUUUAGGGUGGGUUUGUAUUGUUUAUAUAUUGUAUUGUUUUUGUUUUUGUUUUUUCUUGUUUUUUCCCUCUUUUUUCUUUUCUGUCUUUACUUUUUGUAACUUUUAAAAGUAAUAAAUAUUAUUUAAAAAAACAAAAACAAACUAUACAUAACUCACUCUGAGCUGUGAAGAGGAGCAGUACAAGUGAAAUAAAUAAUCCUUUGAUGCAUGGUCAUAUUUCUUAAAAAAAUAUGUUUCUCUCUCUAGUCUUAGAAUGUGAUAUAAUUGAACUUUUUCCAGCAGUAAAGCAUAGUUUAUUCAUUAAAUAAUAUUUCUGGAAAACUUGCAUGCUUCAUUAGCAUAGCCAUCUAAAACAUGUCUUGACUUCUUUUUCAGCUCAUUCAUUGUUGGACAUCACAUCUCAAUCAAAGUAAGUUAUUUUUGCUCUGUGACUAUGGUGUAACAACCGAUUCUUCCCCUGCUGAGCAACAUAAAGUCAGCAUCUAGUAUAUUGUGGAAAGGGAUGAAAGAACAAUUACAAAAUUUUAUUGUAUUAUUUAUUAAAUCUCUCAUCUGCCCUUCACCAUAACGUCCCAAAGCAGGUUACAGGAAUGAUGACAGAAGUGUUGGAAGUACUUGGUUGAACCAUAAGUCACUACAUCCAGUAUGCCUACAUUCUGAUGAUCCUUCAACCCAUGGUUUGAAGGGCUGGGAGUGAGCACCAUAAAACUUCAAGAUGAUGAGCUUCCUCCUCCAAUUUAGAUAAAGAGAGGAGACUAGAAGCAGAAGUUUCUAAUCUCCUCUUACCUAUGUGGCAAAAAGGGGAGUACAUAAGCCCAAGGACUGAACUCCUUGCUUCUGAUCCUUCAAAUCAUUAUUUGGCACAGGGGUGGUUAAUGCUUGGUUUGGAGGAUUAUGUUGCCUACUUGUGAAUAUCUAGGCAGCUUAAAACGCCCUGUUUUUGAACACUGUCAAAAUUUAAAUGAUAUAUGUGGGAGUGGGGUGCAUUUGCUGAGGUAACUGAAAUUCAUUAGGUAUUAAUUAAAAAGAAAUUAAAAUGGAAUACAUGUGGGAAGUAGCCAUGUUUAUCAGCUUUCUCUUUUUUUACUCUCCUGCCCAGUGUUAGAGAUUUCAGCUUGGUCUGCAACAUGGACAGGAUGGGGGAAAUCUGCCUAUGCUACAUCAGCCUUUCACACAUAUUGUCAAUUUCUUGUUUCCUGCUUCAGAACCACAAAUAUCCAGAUUAUUAAUUGUGUGUGUGUGUGUGUGUGUGUGUGUGUGUGUUUUAAAAAGAUACUGUUCCCCGAGUUUACAAGGUUUUCCUUGUGGCAAUUCAGUAAUGAAUUUUCCCUGAUUCCCACACUGCUAAAUAACAUAUUCAUGGAAAAGGGUAACACAGCUGUCACUAAAGACCGCAAUGACCCAUUUUCUCACGGGGUCCUUGUUUUUAUUUAUUUGCAUGGGGAGGGGGGUGUUGUUAGCCUAUGUGCAGAAUUCCUAAAGGAAUUCACAGCUGUUUGUUUAGCUGACUGAAUUCUAUGGCUGUGAGGGGUCUUUCACCAGCUACUUUGUGGGGUUUAUCUGUCCACCCUAAAUUGUGUUCUUUGAGCUUGGUUUGAGUAUGGCUAUGACAGGUGAGCUCCAUGGGUCCAGUGAUAUGGGAACUGUCGGCUCCAUUGGGAUUCAGUGAGAAAGAUCAGAGUCCGUUGGGAAGAUGAAUACAAGAGCCAGCUGGUGAUUUCUUGUAUAGGACUCCCUGUUCAUUAUACUAACAUGCAACAAUGACCAUUAUUAGAGGGAAAGCAGUGCUAGAUAAACAAGCAAUAUGUUUCAUGUGCUCCGUUCUUAUAUUCUCAGGUCUCAGAUCUCUUUUAGAACCCCACCACCAUUGCGCUCUGCUGGGAAGAAAGGCUUAGUCCGUAGGCCAAAGAAUUACAGAGUUGUUACUGUGAAAGCUUUUGAAGACGGCAUUGAACAAAACUUGCUGCAAACAAAAGGCUGUGAGUUUCCUUUGGUUCUCAUUUGGACCAGGUGCCUGUGUCUAUUUGAGUAGCAACCUGUGAGUACAGGGGAGAUUAAUAUUCCAGUGCAGAAGGAAGUGUCUGAAAGUUGUUAUGGUGGAGCAUGGAAUGAUCAGACUGUUAUCUCCAUUUAAAAGGCUAAUCCGUUUUUGAAAUUUUUUCAACAGCACAGAGUUAUCUUGUGGCUCCAAGUAUGUUAUCAAAUGAUUCCUCAGCACAAUUUGCUGAUACAGAGUUGUUUGCCCAACCUGAGCUCAGCAGGCAGAGUGGAGCAGGGCUUUCUGGUGUUCAUCCUCAGCUUCACCCGACAAGGCAGUCUUUAGCCAAAGAGAGUUUGCCAUCCUCUAUUCAGACACCCUGGCAGGGUGCAGAGACUGAUACGGCUGUUGAAGUUGUGACAAAGAACAAAGGAAAUAUAAGUGAGUAGUCUACUUUUCCCCAUCUGUCUAUUUAACAAAAAUCAGCUCAUGCUUGUCUUUUGCCUAGUAAUGUGCACAAAUAGGAGCAGCAGCAGAAAUAACCAAAGAGGUCUUUUGCAAGGAGCACCAGUGCACUGAACAAUGCGCACUCCCUUUUGUGGAGAAUUGUUGGAAACAAUCAGAGCUAGUGCUAAUGGUAUUCUGGUGCCUUAGCCAAAUAUGUCUUGCAAUGAACAGGCCAUGUGUAGGCUUUGGAAUAUAUCAGUGAGAAUAAUUGCUGUGUCCUUCUGAACUCACCCAUGAAUACGGCUCAGAUUAACACUGCAGAGAAUUUCCAUAUUUAAUAUUUCUGAAUUGACUAGAGAACAGUUAGAAGGUACAUGAUACAGUUUUGUUGCUGAAACUAAAGCAGGUCUGGCCCUGGGAAGUAUUAUAAGCCACUCUGAGCUCUGAAGAGGAAAGGUAUAAGUGAAUUAAAUAAAUAUUUACACAGUACAGUGGUACCUCGGUUUAAGGAACAGUCCUGUUUAAGUACAAUUCGGUUUAUGAACUCCACAAAACCGAAAAUAGUGUCCCGGUUUGCAAACUUUACUUCGGUCUAAGAACGGAAUCCGAAUGGUGGAAGGGCACCGGUGGCAGGAGGCCUCAUUAGGGAAAGUGCGCCUCAGUUUCAGAACGGUUUCAGUUUCAGAACAGACUUCUGGAACCCAUUAAAUUCAUAAACAGAGGUACCACUGUAUUAAUCAUAAGGCAUAGUUGAUUCAUUAUAUAAUAUUUUUGUAAGAUGUAGAAUUUGCACACUUCACUACCAUGGCCAUUCAGUAUAUGCCUUGAUCUGUUUUCUAGCUCAUUCAUUGUUGGACGACACAUCUCGGACAAAGUAAGUUAUCUUUGCUCUGACUAUGCUGUAACAACAAUUCUUCCUCUACUGAACAACAUAAUGUCAUCAUCCAGUACAUUGUCAACACUGAUGAAAGAGGAAUUACAAACUAUUAUUUUCCUUAUUUAUUUGAUUUCUUACCCACUUUUCAUGAUAUGUACCUAUUGAGGGCUACAACAGUGAUGGCAGAGGUGCUGGAGCUACUUGGUUGCUCUAUAUGCCACUACAUUCAGUAUGGCUUCAUUCAGAUGAUCCUCCAAACAGUGAUUUGGAGCACCAGGAGUGAGCACCAGAAAGUCUCAAGCUGAUGAGCCUGUUUUCUCCCCGCUGCCCACCUGCAGGAAAAGGAAGAAGAUUAGGAGAGGUUUCUAAAUCUCUUAUUUAUGAGGCUAGAUGGAGAGAGAAGUGAGUGCAUAGGCCUAAGGCUUCCACUGCUUGUUCCUGAUCCUUCAUACCAUGGUUUGGAGCAGGGAUGGCUAAGCUGUGGCCUGUAUACACAACCCCCAAGAUAUUGGAUAUUUGGGGGGAGGGGUUGUAACGUUUUGCAAAGCAGCAAAUGGUGCUGUUGAGCCCUCUAGGAUCUUAGUUAGAUUCACCUCAUUGUCAGGUAUUUGCAUGAACAAUGGCAGACACUGAAGCCAGCAAGGGAGAGCAAAUAAGAAAUACAAGUAAGUAGCUAUAGAGCCUGAUUUGGAUGGGAUGGAAGCAGGAGGAAUGAUGGAGCAUGGCCAGGCUCCCCAUCCACAGUUGUAAUGCUGCCUUAGAACUAACAACCCAUUGUUAUUCUUUCGCCAAAAGUAGCUGCGCGGGAAAUAAGAGGCAGAGGUGGUCCCAAUUUUUCCUUCAUGGAUUAGCAACAGGGAGAGGAAGCUGCAGCUGCAGGGUGCGGUUUCAUGGUGUCUGGGGUGUGCAUGUACGCCGGGGGUGAAUGGCGCCCACCAUGCACCAGUCCUUGCCGCCAGAGUGACACCAGCCCCAAGCCACUUGGCAAGGCUGGAAUGAUCCCAGCCUUGCAAAGUGGCUCAGGGAGGACAGCAUGAGAAGGGCACAACAGCCAUGCACCCUUUGAUUCCAGCCCCUUAAGGGCAAGGCUGAGAUCAAUGGGCACCUGGCUUCCUUCUCACCCUCCCUGAGCCAGUCCCGCUUUGCGAGGCUGGGAUCUGAUCAGAUCCUAGCCUUGCAAAGCAGCACAGGUCUGGCUUGGGGAAGGCGUUGUAAGCAGCACACCCCUCAGAAAAAAGUGCCCAGGGUAAUUGCCCUGACAGCCCCCCUCCCUCCGCCACACUAUGCCCCUGGGAAGCUGGAACCAGUGCAAAAGCCUUUCCAAGCUAUUUUCCUUGUUUCUGGAAACAGCUGUGAAUGAAAUUUUCAACUUGAAUGUACAUCGAAGGAAUAAGGAAAGUAGAAGUGCAGUGAUGUUGGAUAGUACUUAUUGAGGAAAGUGAAAUUAAUAAGCAAUAAGGGUGAGAAAAGGCCAUGGCUGCUUUUAUGUGUGGCUCCCAGUGGGUUGGCCAUGGGCCACUGUGGUCCUCUGUCUGAAAAAAGAAUAACUAUUCCCUAGUUUGGAGAAUUGUCUGAUUUUAACCUAUGUGUGAAUAUUUAGACUGUUUUUGCACUGCUGAAUAGUAUCAGUGGCAGACCUUGGGAUCUCAACUUUAAGUGGCACCCCGUGUGACACCAAAAUUCAGCCCCUCUCCUCUGCCUCUCACUUUCCAUUGUACCUCAUAAUUGUGGCACCCCCAAGGCUCCAUUGCCAGUGUGACUGAACUGGUUGCGCUCCCCUAAAUCCAUCUCUAGUAUCAUCACACACACUGUGUGCCAGUAAAAGUUAUCAACUUUCUAUUCUUACUUUGCCUCCCCAUAGUUAGGGAUUUCUGCUUCAUCAGCAUUUGACACAUGAUAUAUACCAGGGGUUGUCAAUCUAGUCCCUACCACCCACUAAUGGGCCUUUCAGAAUUUUAGGUGGGUGGUAGGGGGUUCUACGGCACAAGCUGAAUCCUCCUUCCAUCAAGCACUGGUGGGCGGUAAGGAAAUUUUACCAUCAAGAAAGAUGCAUUAGUGGGCGGUAGGUAUAAAAAGGUUGACUACCCCUGAUAUAUACUGCCAAUUUCCUUAGGUUAUCUGUUUCAGAGCCAUAAACAUCCAGAAGUUAUUUUGGCUUUUAAAUGAGUCUACAAGUAGAGUUUCCUUGUGGUAAAUAAAUGGCUGAAUAAGUUUCCCUUAUUCCAACAGUGCUAAAUAGCAUACUUGUGGAUAUGUUAUUUAUAACAUAUAAUACAACUGUCAGUAAAGACAGCAAGGAUCCAUUUACUCACAGGGUACUUACUCUUGUGUUGUUUCAUUUUUAUUUAUUUGCAAGGAUUAUAGGAACAUCAAUAGGAAUAUAGUUACAGGAAAUACAAUUAAAAAUCAGUAUGAAUAUUUAAAGUGAUGGAUGUUCUUCACAUCCAUACCUAAAUGAAGCUCAUGAUCCAUUGGUGGUCUGAGGACCACAGUUGGGAGCCCCUCAUCUAAGUGAUGUGUUUGAGUUAACUUGGUGGAUGAAACUGAAAGAUGGGUUUGUCUUCUUUCAGGUUUCAUGACACCUUUUUAAGGGGCUGUAGCUUUUUUACUUGAGCUUUGAUACCUUCAACAGGGGAGCUUUCCCUCUCACUCGCCCUCCCACUACUAUGUAAGAACAGCUCUAAUUUGAAUAUUCCUGCCUAGUGGAGUGAGUGGGAAGGACAACCUGUCCAAGGCUCACCUCUAUUAACUACAUAAAAUGAAACUUUACGGUCGGUCCAAUGCCACAUUUGUCUACCCAGGAUUGUGUUCUUUGAGCUUGGUUUGAGUAUGGCUAUGACAGUUGAGCUCCAUGGAUCCAGUGAUACGGGAACUGUCGGCUCCAUUGGGAUUCAGUGAGAAAGAUCAGGGUCCAUUAGGAAGAUGAAUACGAGAGUUGGCUGGUGAUUCCGUGCAUAGGGCUCCCUGUUCAUUAUACUAACAUGCAACAAUGACCAUUAUUAGAGAGGGAAGGCAGUGCUAGAUAAACAAGCAAUAUGUUUCAUGUGCUCUGUUCUUAUAUUCUCAGGUCUCAGAUCUCUUUUAGAACCCCACCACCAUUGCGCUCUGCUGGAAAGAAAGGUUUAGUCCGUAGGCCAAAGAAUUACAGAGGUGUUAAUGUGAAAGCUUUUGAAGACGGCAUUGAACAAAACCUGCUGCAAACAAAAGGCUGUGAGUUUCCUUUGGUUCUCAUUUGGACCGGGUGCCUGUGUCAAUUUGAGUAGCAACCUGUGAGUAGAGGGGAGAUUAAUAUUCCAGCGCAGAAGGAAGUGUCUGAAAGUUGUUAUGGUGGAGCAUGGAAUGAUCAGACUGUUAUCUCCAUUUAAAAGGCUAAUCCGUUUUUGAAAUUUUUUCAACAGCACAGAGUUACCUUGUGGCUCCAAGUAUGUUAUCAAAUGAUUCCUCAGCACAAUUUGCUGAUACAGAGUUGUUUGCCCAACCUGAGCUCAGCAGGCAGAGUGGAGCAGGGCUUUCUGGUGUUCAUCCUCAGCUUCACCCGACAAGGCAGUCUUUAGCCAAAGAGAGUUUGCCAUCCUCUAUUCAGACACCCUGGCAGGGUGCAGAGACUGAUACGGCUGUUGAAGGAGAGACACAGAAUGAACAAAAAGAGAUACUCACACAAUACACUGACUGUGUUGAUGGGAUUGAAGCUGUACUUGAAGAAAAUGCUGCUAAUCCAAUAGAAGAGCAUCAGCAAAGCCUGCAGGAUACUGAAGAAGGAUUAAUACACCGUCAUCAAAAAAAGAUGCUAAGGCAGAGUGCUGAACAUGCAAAUGGUUUGAAAGUUGGGUUCCAGGAAAGGACUGUUACUCCUGAAAGAGGGCAGCAAGAGAGCCUGCAUGGGAACAGUGAUAUGGAGCACUUCUUAAGUCCUGGAAAUCAUCUGCCCACCAGUAAGUAAUCUGCAGUGGAAGUGAGGAAAGUUGAAGACUUUCACAACUAGUAAUUGCAUUAGUGUUUUAUCUCCUCCCUUCCAGGUGAUUUGGAUGCUUCUCUUCUUGCUUUCAAUACAUUCAUUUCCUCACCAUAAGAAAUCUGCUAUGACUCCUGGAGCACAUCUGGGACAAGCUUAGCUAAUACAAAAACCCUCCACCUUUUCCUUCCUCCUUUCCCUUAUAUAUAAGGACAAACAUUUAGGAGGUGUCUGUCAAUUUGGGAAUCUUCCUUCUGCCUAUUUUUUGUAUUUUCUGAACACCUGUAAUGCCUCUCUAACUUAAUUUUGCUCUUGUUAAUAUAGACCCAGUAAGAUCAUCACCAAGAUCAUUCCCCUUAAGCCCACUCUAACUUGUGUUUCGGUGUCACAAUACAAUUCACGAAUUAAUAAUAAGAGUCAUAGGUUUAUAUUAGCAUUUGAGAAUUUCUUCCACAAUCUAUUACGGUUGAUUGAGUCAAAAGCAGCAGAUAGGUCAAUAAAGGCAGCAAACAGGUUACGUUUGUUCUGUUGAGUAUAUUUGUUGAUGAUAUGAGACAGUGUAAAACACUGGUCAAUAGUAUUAUAUCCAGCUCUGAACCCUGCUUGUUCCUCAUAUAAGGUGUUAUUUUCACUUAGCCAGUCUGUUAAUUUGGUAAGCAGAUGACGGGCAUAGAGUUUGGAGGGGAUGUCCAGCAGGCUAAUGGGGCGGUAAUUUUGAGGGAGGGUUUUAUCCCCUUUCUUAUAAAUUGGCACGAUGAUGUUCAAUUUCCAGCCAUUUAAGCUGUAUUAUUUUUAUGGGUGUAGACUUUGGCCAAGAUGGGUUGCCACCAUUCCAUAUGUGUCUUAAAUAGCUCCGGCGGCAUCAUGUCCUCGCCUGGCACUUUAUUUGAUUUUAAACUCUCUAUCAGAGAUUUUAUCUCUGCAGGAGUUACCACUUGCCAUUCUGGAAGAUUUGACUGAUUGAUGGUCACCUCAGCAUCGAAUGAUUGCCCUGUCUGUUCUCCAAAAAGAUCAGCAUGGUAAUCCAGGCCAUGUAUAGUACUACUUUUUGUUUUGGCAAACCUACACAGACAUGUAAACAAAUUAUGAAUUUUGCUGGUUUUUAUUUGUAUGUUGAUCAUUGUUUUAAAUUGCCCUAUAUGCACCAGUUACAGAUUUUUUGUUUAAGUGGUUUUAUAAAUUCUUUUAAAUAAAGUAAACAUCCUAUGGAUCUCAUCAGUCUGAAAAGUUUGUGGAUCAUAACGUUGCAGAGAACAUAUGUCUCAGGUGUGAUCUCAGGAGCUAAAAUGGGAUUGAGUACUGCCAGUACCCAGAACAUAAUUCCUUUUUUCUUGUGGAGAUGAGACUCCAGAGGAAAUUUUUUCAUGUGCCUUCUCUGCUGAACUCCAGCAAAACUGUCAAAGCUAAAAACUAUUUGGCAAUAUGUGAAUGGAUAGUAGCAGACCCAGGUGUAUUGUGUGUGACUGUGUUUCUAAAAGUUCUCUAAGAUUUUAUUUGUCACUGAAUGAAUACCUUAUUUGCCUCUGACUUGUAGAUAUUCAGAACCCCCAAAGUACUAAAGCUGGAACUCCAAACAGACAUGUAAGUAGAAAGAGAUCUGAGCAGUUUGAGGGGCUACCAACGAAAGAAAUGGAAGACGGAACCUCUCAAGAAAAAAUGUUGGACCGAAAAACUAUGGAUGACAUGGUUUCAGAAGCUGAAAUGGAUUCUGAAUCUGAGGAGGUGUCAGAGACUGAGAUGGAUUCUGAGAAUGUUGGUGAGGAGAUUUGUUUUGGGAAGGGGAAUGGAAUUGUGGUUACUCACGGAAGUGUAGACAAAUGGAAUUUGAAGCUACCUGUUGGUGAGCUCAUUCCUCCAGAUUUUCAGAACAAAACAGAGUAUUUUAGCUCUUUGGGGACUGUCACGGUGAGACUUAUCAAUGUACAGCCCUAUUCUGGAGCAUUACUUGUUCUUGAAUUAUUUCCUUGUAGAUAUUCAGAACCCCCAAAGUACCAAAGCUGCAACUCCAAGCAGACAUUUAAGUAGAAAGAGAUCUGAGCAGUUUGAGAGGCUACCAACAAAAGAAAUGGAAGACGGAACAUCUCAAGGAAAAAUGUUGGACCCAGAAACUAUGGAUGACAUGGUUUCAGAAGCUGAAAUGGAUUCUGAAUCUGAGGAGGUGUCAGAGACUGAAAUGGAUUCUGAGAAUGUUGGUGAGAAGAUUUGUUUUGGGAAGGGGAAUGGAAUUGUGGUUACUCACGGAAGUGUAGACAAAUGGAAUUUGAAGCUACCUGUUGGUGAGCUCAUUCCUCCAGAUUUUCAGAACAAAACAGAGUAUUUUAGCUCUUUGGGGACUGUCAUGAGAGACUUAUCACUGUACAGCCUUAUUCCAGAGCAUUAUUUGUUCUUGAAUUAUUUCCUUAUCUCAAACUCCCAGCAAGGAUUCACAGCUAGACUUCUACCCAGUGCUAAGAAAUCAGUUGCUGGUGAAUCUCUCAAGCCCUUGCUGUGGAGUAUUAGGUCAGUGGUGAAAAGGGAGGAAAUCCCAAGUUGCUUCAAGCAACCCUAUCUGUGACUCACCUACUGCCUUUCAGCCUACUCUUGAGUGCUUCUUGGAGAUGGCAUGCACAGGGCUUAUCUUUUUUUUCUCCCAUCAGACUUAACUGAAAAGACACCGGCAUUUGUACGUACUAAAGUUGUCCAGUGUACACCAUUGCUGUCUGCCCUACAUGCUCCAAAAGUGGCUGCCUCCAGGUAACUAUAUAAUUGCAAUGGGAUAGAACUUCAGCCUCAGCAACUGACUAUGGCAACUGACUUCUAUUAAUCUGAAAUAGCUGUUUUGCCUUAUGCUGCCUACAGCAUAAAAGGACUAUACAUUUGGGUGUCUGGUCUGCACAAGCAUUGUAGCUUCUUGGGCUUCUUUGCAAUGCUCAGUUUCUCAAUGCAAGAGGUACAAUGUGUUGCCUAGAAGUCAUUUCCUCUGACCUGGAAGUCCUGCUCCAACUCUCUGUUUUUAAUGGCUGGUUGCUCUUACUCAGUGAUGGGUAAACAUUUUGCACAUGCUUAAUUUGACCUCAAACUAUUCUUUAGCUCUUCUGAUUUAGUAUCCUAGUAGCAACAGUGCCUGAGAUUGUAGCUGCUGAUGCUAAAAAAGGUGUGGGAAUGCAGAUCUGCCAAUUAUCUGUUAAAUCUUUCUAGUGGAAACACAGGACUACUCUUUUUUUGACGCAGGCGAUGUUAUUGGGUUGUUGUUUUUAUUUUGAUUAUACUGUGGUUUUUAUGUUGAUCUUUUCUGUGAACCACCCUGAGACCCCCGGGUAUAGGGUGGUAUAUAAAUUCAUUAAAUAAUAAUACAUAAGAAUUCUGAAUUUUCAUACUACUUUGCCAUUUCUGGCUAUUAUAUACAUUAUUUCUUCCCUUUCUGUGUACCUCUGUUGGUAGGCCACUAAUGUACAUAAAGCACUCACUCUUUUCAACGUUAAACUAAGGUGAAACUUCCCUGAGAAAGUAAAACAGGAGGAUUAUGUGUUGUGUGUUGCAUCUGUUCCUGUAGAGCUUGCUGCAUACAUUUAACAUUUAUUUCCCUUGGAGGUCUCUUUCAAAACAGCUUUCAGUUAAGCGGGCUACAAAGCCAGCUGAGAGGGCAUGCAGAGGAAAACGUGAGCCGGCUCUCCCCAGCAAGUUUGUAAAAAAUGUAUUUGCCCACUGUGUGAAGAUGCCAGUGGCCAAGGAUGCUUUCAAGGCUGUGGAGAAUUGGUGAGUAAUGGUGAACACCUUUCAUACCAAUUAAUGAUAUGGGAGAAGAGGUUGCCAGCUGAACACUGUUGGACCAAGAAAACCAAAGUGUGGCUAUAUGGCAUGAAGGAUGUUGUGCUGUCAGUUUCCAUCAUUGCCACAUGUUUUGAGGCCUGGGUCCUCUUGUUUUUCUUGUGGCCUUGCAGCAUAGCCAUCCCUUGGAAUGUGGGAAGGCUGCAGCUUGCUUAACUUGCUUUUCGUAUCCUUUUAGUGUGAACUUGUACUUUAAACAACUGAGUGACGACUUGGAAGCCUAUGCAAAUCAUGCCAGAAGAAAGACUGUGGAGCCAGCUGAUCUGGAGCUUCUCAUGAGGCGGUAAAGGAUGUUUAGUUUGUUGUUUCAAGGGCUCUUCAUCAAACUGAAGGGAUGUUCCAGUCCAGUGUUACUGAAGUGUAUAUUUCUGCAAACAGAUCUCUCAGACAGUAAUUGACUAACAGAAGGGCAUGCAUACUUGAAGACUAACACUUUUUAUAGAGUCCUGGGGCCUUCUGCAAGUCAAUUUCCAGGCAGCUUUAUUGCAAAGCAAGUAGUCUCUAACCUGGCCCUUGUUUUCCUUCAAGUAGACAUGGGGUGUAGAAGUAGUCAAGACUACUUUGUUGGUGUCUUUGAGUAAAAUCUGUUCUGCUAAAGAAAGUUUUGAGUCAUUGUAUUACAAGAAUCUCUUUCCAAUACCUGACAUAAAAAAGAGGCAGUUGUGUGUAUCAUGGGGUAUGCAGUACAAAAGGGAACUAAAAUGGACAUUUCAGCAGAGAGGAAUGUGAUGAAGAGGGGCUGAUAAAUGCUAACUGGGCAGUCCCAUCUUACUCUUACACAGCUUGCUACUCAGGGUCAAUACCCAGCUUUGCACAAAUGUCUGGUGAAUGUGUUAAAUUAAGAGCUGCUAUUUGUGCCUACUCCUGAAGAUCCUUAAAAAAAACCUUGUGUGUGUGAGAUCUCUAUCAAACAUAGGUUUGUGCUGUCCCACAUCAUGUCCCCAAUGCUCAUUCAUUCAUGUCCCCAAUGCUUUUAGUUUGACAUGGUAAGUGAUUUCUGUAUACCCUGCCUUUAUUUAAAAUGUAUGUCUGGCCUCUUGAUUAUCUGAAGCUGCAGUCACAGUUCAUGAGGGCAAUGAUCAGAAUGAACAAAUUUAGCUGAGAACUCAUUUUCUGCCUAAUAGCAAAUGGCAACCUGGUAGUUAUUUGAGUUAUAGCCAUAAUGACCAUUAGUUGUAAACAAACUUUAUUUCCUAACUCGUGUAUUAUUUUCUUCCCCUUUUUAAUCCAGGCAAGGACUGAUAACUGACAAGAUUCCUUUAAAUGUGCUCAUAGAGCGUCACAUGCCUCUGGAGUACAGGCAGCUGCUAAUUCCUGUUGCCACUAGUGGAAAUAAAGUGUUCCCUCCCAUGCUAUGAUGAGAUGCUGGUGGCAAUCUGUUCUCAAUAUGGAGAAAGGAAUGCAGUUCCAGAAACACCCUGGGAGGCUCUAGAAUUAGAACAUUUACAGUACACCCAGCAAGUUCUCGUUACUUUACUUAAAAGACUCGGGGGAAAUCUCAAUUAUGAAUAAAAGAAAUAUUCACUCUUUAUACCUUUGUUUUCCUGUGCUACAGAAGCUUUUUUCAUAUUCCUGUACAGUGGUUGUAAAAUAAAGCAAUGUUUUGCAGAGCAC